AUGGUAGAGCGUCUUGCUGGUCAUGCUUAUUACUGUUUUCUUGAUGGUUUUUCAGGUUAUGUGCAGGUCCCUAUAACUCCGGAGGAUCAAGAUAAAACGACGUUCACAUGCCCGUACGACACAUUUGCGUAUCGUCGUAUGCCAUUUGGACUGUGCAAUGCUCCAGCAACUUUUCAAAGAUGUAUGGUACGCAUCUUUUCAGAUUACCUUGAAAAUUUCAUAGAAGUUUUCAUGGAUGAUUUCACUGUACAUGGAGAUUCUUUUGAUAGAUUCUUAGAACACCUCACUUUGGUCCUUAAACGUUGUCUUGAAACUAACCUUGUGCUUAAUUCUGAAAAAUGUCAUUUCAUGGUUAAACAAGGUAUAGUUUUAGGCCAUAUUAUGUCGUCUGAAGGAAUAAAAGUUGAUAAAGCUAAAAUAGAUCUUAUUUCUUCUCUUCCUUACCCCGCCUCUGUGCGGGAAGUUCGAUCUUUUCUUGGCCAUGCAGGGUUCUAUCGCAGGUUUAUUAAAGGAUUCUCGAAGAUUGCGCACCCACUAUGUAGACUACUCCAAAAGGAUGUGGAGUUCCACUUUGAUGAGGCCUGUAGGCAGGCAUUUGACAAGCUGAAAGACAAGUUGGUCACUGCCCCUGUUCUACAACAUCCUAACUGGGAGCUCCCAUUUGAGUUGAUAUGCAACGCUUCAAAUUAUGAUGUAGGAGCAGUGCUAGGCCAGCGAGUUGGAAAAGUUUCCCAUGCCAUCUACUAUGCCUCAAGGACUUUGGAUGCAGCUCAAGCUAAUUAUACUACAACUGAGAAAGAACUUUUAGCUGUAGUUUUUGCUUUAGACAAAUUCAGGUUAGUUAUUGAAGCUGAUGAAGGUCCCGCCCCAAUCAAUGAAGAGUUCCCCGAUGAGCAACUUCAUGCCUUGAACUCAGGAACUCUGUGGUAUGCUGAUUUGGGGAAUUUUCUAGCAUCGGGGAAGUUUCCAGCCAGCUACACCAAGGCAAAAAAGGACCAGAUGCGUAGUAUAGAAAAAUACUACAUAUGGGAUGACCCAUACCUCUGGAAAUAUUGUGCUGAUCAACUGAUCAGAAGUUGUCAAAGAACAGGUACACUAGGUCCUAGGAAUGAAAUGCCCCAAACUCCUAUCUUAGUAUGUGAAAUCUUCGACGUUUGGGGUAUGGAUUUCAUGGGACCCUUCCCCUCUUCUUUUGGUUUUCAAUAUAUUUUUCUUGCUGUUGAUUAUGUCUCGAAAUGGGUGGAAGCUAUAGCCACCCGUACUGAUGAUUCUAAAGUUGUUGCAGAAUUUUUGAAAUCAGAUAUUUUUGCUAGAUACGAAGUCCCAAGAGCCAUCAUCAAUGACAAGGGGACACACUUUUGCAAUAAGACAAUAGGAGCUCUCUUGAAGAAGUAUAAUGUGUUUCAUCGAGUGUCCACUACGUAUUACCUACAAACAAAUAGACAGGCUGAAGUUUCCAAUCGAGAGAUCAAGUCCAUUCUAGAGAAGAUUGUGAAUCCAAACAGGAAAGAUUGGAUUCUCUGCCUCAACGAUGCUCUGUGGGCGUACAAAACAGCGUAUAAAACUCCGAUCGGGAUGUCUCCUUACAAGCUCAUGCUUGGUAAACCUUGCCAUCUUCCAGUAGAAUUGGAACACAAAGCCUUUUGGGCCGUGAAACAAUGCAAUAUGGAAAUGGAUGCAGCGGGUGAACACAGGAAAAUUCAAUUGCAAGAACUGGAGGAAAUUCGGAAUGAUGCUUUCGAGAAUGCGAGAAUGUACAAGGAGAAGACUAAGGCAUUCCAUGAUUAG